AUGAGUGACAUAAUGAUGGAAAAGAAAGGUGGCGAAACAGCCCAAGAGAUGGAUAGUCAGAGCGUCGAUCAUGGGGCUGUUGAACGGCUUCACACUCACCAAUUCUCCCCCGAAGCAGAAAGGCGACUUGUACGGAAAAUUGAUUUCAUGAUCCUUCCAAUCAUGAUUGUCGCAUACCUUCUGGCAUUUUUGGACAAACAAACCCUCAGCUAUAGCGCCUUGAUGGGGAUCACUGAAGACCUCCAUUUGGUUGGAACACAAUACAGUUGGAGCUCGGGAAUCUUUUACUUUGGAUACCUUUUCUUCAGUUAUCCAGCAUCCCUUUUGAUGGUCAAAUUCCCCCUCGGAAAGUACCUCGCCGUGAAUUUCAUGCUAUGGGCAAUUGUCCUUGCGUGCCACGCAGCGACGAAAAACUUUGCUACCUUCAUGGUAACUCGAUUCUUCCUGGGAUGUACCGAAGCCAGCCUGUCUCCUGGAUUCACUCUCCUCACUUCUCUAUGGUAUCGCAGAUCUGAGCAGCCACUGCGUGCAGGCAUAUGGUUUUGCGGAAACUCACUCUCGUCCGUCUUCGGCAACCUUAUCGCCGCGGGCAUUAUACACAUAAACAGCAAGCUUGCAUCAUGGCAGUGGCUGUUCAUUAUAUUCGGCAUUAUCACAUUCCUAUUUGGUAUUGUGAUGCUUCUGCGUUUGCCAGACUCACCCAUUGAUGCCAAAUUCCUGACAGACGAGGAGAGAAUAAUCGCUGUCGAGCGACUGAAAGAUAAUCAAGCGGGAUUCAAAAGCAAUGAAAUUGAUCGGGGCCAAAUUUGGGAAGCAUUCAAAGAUGUGCAGACUUGGCUUUUGGCUAUCUUGAUUUUUGCGGCCAAUAUUGCCAACGGAGGUUUCACUACGUUCAACGGCCUUAUUCUGGAAGGUUUUGGGUUUGACCUAUUCGACACCUUACUCCUGGGCCUUCCUGGGGGUGUGAUUGUGUGCAUAUUUGUUUUCAUAUCUAUCCUUGGAAGCUCUCUCGUCUAUGCAGGGAAAAAUACCGCCUCUCGCUAUGCCGGUCUACUCUUUAUGGGUGUAUACUCUGCCGCAAUGCCGGUAUCAAUGGCUAUAAUUAGUUCUAAUGUGGGUGGCUUCACCAAACGAGCCACCGUGAGUGCGAUAUACUUCAUCAUGUAUUGCGCGGGAAAUAUUGUUGGACCUCAGCUCUUCUUUGCUCACCAAGCACCAAAAUACCAGAGCGGAUUCUUGGCUAUCAUCAUCUGUUUGGUUGCUUGUGUUGCGAUUAGCCUAAUAAUGUUGUUCUAUCUUAGAUGGGAGAAUAGUCGCCGAGAUAAGCAGGGAGUCAGUGGUGACUUUGCUACUAACGGAACAGAAUCUAAGCCAGUGGAACAGGGUGAAUUGUUGGAUAUCACUGAUCGACAAAAUCAGAAGUUCAGAAAUGUGGUUUUGAUUUCGAAUGGCAAGCCUGUAAUCAAUAAGUAA